GGGUGUGUUACAAAUCAAACAUUCGCGAUGAAACUCGCUACAAGUUUAUUGCUGCUGGUGGCAGGAUUUGCCUGCCUGAUCCACGUCAGUGUGGGAGGUGUGGUCGGUGUGCCCACCGAUCUCUUGGAAAACCUGAAGAUCGCUGACGACCUGCCCGAAGCACCCCCAGUAGUGGAGGAAGAAAUCUUCGAACGCAAUGUAGUCGUUGAUGUCCUCCCCGAAGGCCGUGCCAACGAAUGCCAGAUUACUAUUCGCACUGGUUUGAGUGAGCCCCAACCUGUCUUCCUGAAGACAAAUGCCGCUGAAUUCUAUCCCUACUCCAACACCGGUGUCAUGCAAGUUCAUGCUGGCGGUACCUUGCAAAUGUUCUGCCCUGGAGAAUUCAAAGUCAAGGCCACCAAACUGAUCACCGCCACAUGUGUUAGCGGCACCACCUUCAAGGUCGAUGGCACUAGCUACGCCUUCUCCGAAUUGGUCUGCAAAUCCUGGCCCGGCUUCGUUGCCAAAAAGAAGGGCACCACCUGCAACGGUGGUAUUUUGGUGGGCGUUGGCUUUGAAGUUUCCUCCACCCGCUUCGUCGAACAAAUGGAAAUCUGCUACAACGAACAAGAAGAAGUCACCCGUUAUGUGCGCCACACAUUGGGCCCUGCCAGCAACUACUACCAGACUGGCGUUGACCGCAUCACCUUCCAAACCGCUGGAUUCUUCAAUGGUAAGAAUGUCGACAAGCUCUACACCCAAGCCACCCAACUCGAAACCAUCAACGCUGAAUUGGGCGGCAAUGCUGGCAAAUACUUCGACAGCUCCAAGAACAUUUACUUGGCCCGCGGACACAUGGGAGCCAAGGCUGACUUCAUGUACGGUACUCAGCAACGCGCCACUUUCCUGUUCAUCAAUGCUGCUCCUCAGUGGCAAGUUUUCAAUGCCGGUAACUGGGCCCGUGUUGAGGACGGUGUCCGUGCCUGGGUGAGCAAAAACUCCAAGACUGUAAACUGCUACACCGGCGUCUAUGGUGUCACUACCCUGCCCAACAAGAACGGUGUUCAGACUCCAUUGUAUUUGGCCCAUGACUCCAACAACAAUGGUCUCAUCCCCGUACCCAAACUGUAUUUCCGAGUUGUCAUUGAACCCGCCACCAAGAAGGGUAUCGUCUUCGUUGGCGUCAACAACCCUCACUUGACGUUGGAGCAAAUUAAGAAGGACUACAUCAUCUGUACCGACGUCAGUUCCAAGGUCAACUACAUCAGCUGGAAGAAGGACGACAUCACCGCUGGCUACUCGUAUGCCUGUGAAGUUGCCGAUUUCUUGAAGACUGUCAAGCAUUUGCCAGCUCUCACCGCCACCGGUGGUCUUCUUGUCUAAAUCGUCAUCAGUCUGAUCUGAAGUCAGUGUGACAAUUCAAUGACGAAUAAAAACAUUUGAGAAAUCAA